AUGUGGAUGAUCAUCCAAACCGGCCUCGUACUUCCACUCGACGGCACUGGAAAACUAGUAUCAUGUGAGAACUGGGACACAAAUUUGAUAAAGAAGAUCGAAGCCAACGCCAGGGCAACAUGUACUCUACAAUGCAGCCUAACAAAAGAAGACCUGAACAGAGUCGGUCCAUUUUCAAGCGCAAAGGAGCUGUGGGAAAAAUUAAUCAAGUUACACGAAGGGACUUCCAACGCUAAGGAAGAUGAAUUGGCAAGCCAACUCCAUGCCCGAAUCCAAGAUCUGCUAAAUGACCUCCACACGAUAGGACAAAGAAUGGAGAAUCGCAACGUAAUCAACUUCGCGGCCGCGUUAAUUAGCAUCGAGGUGGUCGCAUGGGACGCGAAUCCCUCCAACAACCCUGUUAUUCCGUACUUAAUGAUGUAA